AUGGCUGGAAGGAAUGACGCUGCAAUGGCUGCCGCAAUGCAAGCGAUGGCACAAGCUGUGCAGAACUUGCCAAAUGCUGGUGGAGAUGCUGGAUCACGUAGCUUGGCGACUUUUCAAAGAGAGAAUCCGCCGGUGUUUAAAGGGAAGCAUGAUCCAGAUGCAGCCUUGGGAUGGUUGAAAGAGAUCGAGAGAAUCUUCCGUGUUAUGGAUUGCACUCCAGCUCAGAAGGUUCGGUAUGGUACUCACAUGCUAGCAGUCGAAGCUGAUGACUGGUGGCUAGAGACUCACGAGAGGUUGACCGUGGCAGGUGAAGUCAUUACUUGGGAUGUAUUCCGUAGGGAAUUCAUGAGAAAGUAUUAUCCGGAAGAUGUCCGUGGUAAGAAAGAAAUUGAGUUCCUUGAGCUGAAGCAAGGAAACAUGUCUGUCACUGAUUAUGCUGCAAAAUUUGUGGAGUUGUCCAAAUUUUAUCCUCAUUACACUGGUGCUGGUGCUGAAUUUUCAAAGUGCAUCAAGUUUGAAAACGGACUGCGCUCUGAAAUUAAGAAGGCUGUUGGGUAUCAGAAGAUACGCAUUUUUACUGAAUUGGUUGAUAGCUGCAGGAUAUUUGAAGAAGACAAUAAUGCUCAUUACAAGAUUGUCAGUGACCGCAGGGGCAAGCAACAUCAAAACCGUGGCAAGCCGUAUGAUGCUCCAGUGGGAAAAGGGAAACAAAGAGCUGCUCCGGCUCAGAGGACUAGUAGGGGAGGUGCUCCUGCUGGUAUAGUUUGCUUCAAAUGUGGUCAGGCUGGUCAUAAGAGUAAUGUAUGCACUGCUGAAGUAAAGAGGUGUUUUCGCUGUGGUAAGACUGGCCAUGCAAUAGCUGAUUGCAAGCACAAGGAAAUGAUUUGUUUUAAUUGUGGCGAAGAAGGGCAUAUUGGAAGUCAGUGUCAGAAGCCAAAGAAAUCUCGAACUGGAAAGGUGUUCGCAUUGACCGGAACUCAAACCUCCAGUGAGGACAGACUUAUCCGAGGUACAUGUUUCAUAAAUGGUACUCCUUUAAUUACUAUUAUUGAUACCGGUGCUACACACUGUUUUAUUUCUGCUUACUGUGCUCGAAGACUGGGUUUAAAAUUGUCCGCUUUGGAUGGUGAAUUGAUUGUUGAGACCCCAGCUAAGAGAUCAAUAACUACUUCUUGGGUAUGUUUAAAAUGUCCUUUGUCGAUCUUCGAUAAAGAUUUCUAUGUUGAUUUAGUAUGUUUGCCGUUGGAUGGGAUGGAUGUAAUUCUUGGUAUGAACUGGUUAGAGUAUAAUUAUGUUCAUAUAAAUUGUUAUCAUAAGUCGGUGAGGUUUUCCACUCCUGAAGAGGAAGGAGUUGACUUAUUACCUUUCAGAGAAUUGCGAAAAUUGAUGAAAGAGGAAGCUCAGAUGUUUUCUUUGAUGGCGACGUUGUCGGUUGAGAGUAAAGCUAAGAUUGAUGAACUGUUAGUGGUGAAAGAAUUCCCUGAAGUUUUUCCUGAUGAAAUUCCUAGUGUGCCGCCAGAGAGGGAAGUUAAAUUUACUAUUGAUCUGGUACCUGGUACUAGGCCUGUUUCGAUGAAGAAAGAUGGUAGUAUGAGGCUUUGUAUUGAUUAUAGACAAUUGAAUAAAGUAACGAUCAAGAAUAAGUAUCCACUACCGAGAAUAGAUGAUUUGAUGGAUCAAUUAGUGGGUGCUUGUGUGUUCAGUAAAAUUGAUUUGAGAUCGGGCUAUCAUCAGAUCAAAGUGAAAGAUGAAGACAUCCAGAAGACAGCGUUCAGAACUCGGUAUGGACAUUAUGAGUAUUCUGUGAUGCCUUUCGGUGUGACUAAUGCGCCGGGAGUAUUUAUGGAAUACAUGAAUCGUAUUUUCCAUACUUAUCUGGACCAUUUUGUGGUAGUAUUUAUUGAUGAUAUUUUGAUUUACUCUAAGUCCAAAGAAGAGCACAAGGAACAUUUGAGAUUAGUGUUGGAUGUUUUGAAAGAUAAGAAAUUGUAUGCGAAGCUGUCCAAGUGUGAGUUUUGGUUAAGAGAAGUCAGUUUUCUCGGCCAUGUAAUUUCAGGAAAAGGUAUUGCUGUAGAUCCUUCCAAGGUAGAAGCUGUAUUGCAAUGGGAGACUCCUAAGUCGGCUACCGAGAUUAGAAGCUUUUUGGGAUUAGCUGGAUAUUAUAGAAGGUUUAUUGAAGGAUUUUCUAAGUUAGCAUUUCCGUUAACUAAAUUAACUUGUAAAGGUAAAGCUUUCGUGUGGGAUGUUCAGUGCGAAGAGAGUUUUAAUGAAUUAAAAAAAGCUCAGCUAGGGCAAAGAAACGUUUCUCAAAAGUUCCACAACAUGUCCAAACAUCCAUCAUCAUCUGGUACCAAACCUUCCCAACAUGCAAAGACUCCAUCCAUGGAGUUUGAAGAUGAAGACGUGAUGGACGUCACUCCUCUGUGCAUGAUAUCGGGCGACACCACAGGUCCCUCCUCCAAUACUGGAGAUAGGCAAGGUAAUACCUCUGGUAACUCCUCUCUUCUUAAAGACAUGUAUUAUGCUGAUAGUGCUAUAAGGAAACUAGUCACGAGAAUUCUGAGUGAAGGGCACAAAGUUGAAGGGGUUUCUACCCCUCUGUCCAGAAGGGAACCCUCUCCUGAAGGAGAACCCCAUGCUGAUAAAGAUGAUGAUUCAUCUAGAUCAGAAAAGGAGGUUGCUGCUGAAGGGCUUUGCUCUCUAGGUAAAACCCUACCUAGCAAGAAACCAAAUGUGCCUCAAGAAAAGAUUAUUGACCUAGAGGAAGGAAGCACUGAAGGAGAGGAUGAUCCUUUGGUUCAUCUGGUAAAACCUAGUGUAGCUGAAAAACUGAGAACUAAGAAAGGAAAAAGGGUGGCUAAAAUGAGAGCUGCUAGGGUGAAAAAGACUGCAGGUAUAGGACCCUCAAAACCCUGGAGCAAGGUUGAGGUUGGGAAAAGAAAAGAAAGAGACAACACUGAUUCUGUGGAGGAUGUCAAAAACGAUGUCCCAGACAUCUCCCCUGCCAAAAGGCAGGUUGUUCAGAAAUCUUUUGGCAAGGCUGCUGCUGUCCAUCUAGACAACAUCUCCUUUCAUUUGGAAGAUGGAGCAGCAAAGUGGAAAUAUGUCAUUCAGAGAAGAGUAGCCAUUGAAAGAGAACUUGGACAAGAAGUUGUAGAGGUAAAGGAGGUAAUUGAGCUUAUCAAAAAUGCUAAACUCAUGAAGACUGUGGUAACUCUACCCCAAUGCUAUGAGGGGCUGGUUAAAGAGUUUAUUGUUAAUAUCCCUGAGGAUAUUCAUGAUAAGAACAACAGGGAGUUUUGCAAGCUGUUUAAGGGAAGUCAUGUCAAUGAUGUCGUGACAUCUGCCAGAAGGGAGUCUACAUCUAAAGGGAGCCUGAUUGACCAACUAAAAGAGACCUGCAAAGAAUUGGACAAUGGUAUAAGGGUGGCCAGGGCCAGAAAAGAAGCUUUAGAAGUUCUCAUCUAUAGCCUGGAAAGGGAAGACAUAGAGAAGGCUGGUAAGGAUUCAAAUGCAAGACCUAAAUCCCAAUCCAGUGGCAGCUCUGGAAGUUUAGAAGACUCUGAAGGUGCAGGUGAAGAUACAAGUGAAGGUGAAAGUGAUGUUUCUUCUUCUGAUUAA